CAAAUGCGCGCGUGAGUGUGUGUGUGUGUGCUAUGUGCAUAUUGUUAAAAAACGCAAUUUUUCGUCUGCUGCAACCAGCCGCUGCUGCUCGUUUUCGUUGAGAGUUCUAAUUUAGGCGGUCCGUUCACUUACGCCUCGGUGCGGUCUCUUGCUGAUAUCAUCGCUCAUUUGAUUAGACGCAGUUCGUUCGAUUAGUAUUAGAUCUCAUUGCACUUAACGGCGCGCAAGUAAGUUCACUUGCCACAAGUAAUUCGAAAAAUAGCCGAGGCAGUCAUUUCCAAGAAGUGCUCUUUCUUAACAAUUGGCAGUGCUCGCCGCUGGUUCGCUCGAUUUUCAAGCACGCAUAGAUUAUUAAAAUUAAAAAAAAAAUAAUAAAAAUUAAAUAUUUAUAUAAAAAAAUUGCUAAUUUGUAACGGUUUGCAAUUGUUAACCUUGAAUGCGUGUGCGGCGCGAGUGCGAUUAUCGAAGUGCUCACAUAAAUCGCGUCCAUAUUUUUCUUGUCUUGUGCCAAGAAAUUCCAAGGCAUUCGCACUUGAAUUUUCGCAAAAAUAAAAUAAAGUGGCAUACAAAUAUACGUAUGCAUGUACAUAACAAAAUAUUGUGUGUGAUUCGGAAGAGUAAUGCAAAUUUGUGUAUAUGAAAAUUUAAAAUUGAAUUUUUGAAAAUUUUCAUUUGGUGAAUUACACAAUCAGUGAAGCAGCAAGGCUGGUGUGGUGAAAUUUAUAUAAUAUUAACGCGCACGAGCAGGCGGGCGACAAGCAGUGCAUAUUUGUACAUGUAACCAGCCAGCCGGUGAAGCUAGUGACGGUUUGGUUGGCCGCUAUAGCAGCGCGCAAUUCGUAAGCGCUUCAACACGAAAUUUCCCUUUUCUUCGAAAAAAUACGAACUACACAGUACGCCGAUUAAACAGUUUACCGCGCUACUGGUUCCUAUCGUACAUCGUUCAAGUGUUGGUGAAUAGUUGGUGGCUUCGUCAGUUGGUCGUAUCACUUGUGGUCGCGGUAGCGAGUUGCUUAUAGGACGCAUUCUCUCCGACCGACACUGCAGUCCGCCACUAAACAAAUUGCGUGCGUAUCUGCAAUCACUUUAGAUUUUUUUUUAUAUUUCUGAAACUGCAAUAAAUUGGUGGUGUCGUGCGAUUCUCAAGUGCAGCGUUGAAGAAAAGAAGAAUUUACCGAAUUUGUGGUCAUUUGUACGUUUCAAGGGUGUUUAAGGUAGUAAAGUAAGGAACGAGCGUGAUUUUAAGGAAUCUUGUGCCACCAGCUCAAUCGAUUUCAAUAAAGAAAUCAACACAUUUUCCACAACCGAAACUCAUUGCUGAACGUAAACAACAACAAAAUGGGUGAUGACCUUCUACCCGAACUGGGUGAUCUUGUCUUCUCGGUACUUAUCGGCUAUGCAGGUGCUUUGCAAUUUCUCUAUGUUGUGCGUCAUCUAUAUCACUGGAGCUGCGGCCAUGUGGCCAGAACAGAAAAUGAUGCAGAAAGUCUCAAACGGUUGCAAGAGCGUAUGCGCAACGAGCUGGCGGAGGCUGAAGCGAAAGAAUUGCAGGCAGGUACACAGGUUAUGAAAGAUGGUUUGCUUUACAAGGACGGCUUUCGCACUGAUGCAGAGCAGUUAAAAAAUGAUCGUCUUAGAGCUGAGCAGAGCACACCGGAAGCGCGUGAAAAGCGCAAAAAGGAAAUUGAAUCAGAAUUGAAGCGUCAAAAGGAGAUUGAAGAGAAAACACGUGCGCAACUGGCGGAAGCUGAAGCACAGUUAGAACAACAGCGUAAGCAAGCUGCUGAAGAGCUCGCGGCAAGGCAACAAGCCGAGGAGGAGAGAGCGAAAGAAGCAGAGCGCGAAGAAGCACGCAAAUUGUUAGAGAGAGAGCAGAUGCGCGUAGAGGAGGAGCGCAGGCGAGAAGUAGAGGAAGAAGCACGUAGAAAGCGAGAAGCAGAAGAAGAAGCACGCAGAGUCGCCGAGGAAGAAGCUGCUAGAAAGCGUGCUGAAGAAGAAGAAAUAAAACGCCAAGAACAAGAGGAAGCGUGCAAGGCUGCUGAAGAAGAAGCAAAGCAAAAACGUGCUGCAGAGGAAGAAGAGAAACGCCGCCUUGAGAAGCAAGCACGCAAAGCAGCCGAAGAAGAAGAGUUGGCGCAGAAGCUUGCUGAGGAAGAAGAGGCACAGCGACGUCGUGAAGUAAGGGAAGCUGAAGAGCAGUCGCAAAAGUUGUUGGAAGCCGAGAGGCAACACGAGCUCGAGCAGCGUAAGCGAGAAGCUGAAGAGGAAGCAAUAAAAGGACACAUUGAAAACUGGACUGGCACUAAUAAUAGAGACGAAGAAGAAGACGCUGAAAACGAGCGAAAAUUGUUUGAAGCAGAGCAAUUGCACGAAGAAGAACAGCGAGCAUAUGAUAUGGAGGAAGCACAAAAUGAGGGUGAAUCUGAAAGCGCACCAGACGACGAGGAGGAGGAGGAGGAGAUUAAGUUCAACCGUAUGUUCGCGAAUGAAGCGCUUGCAAGCAAGAAACAAAAUGAGUUGGAAGAAGCAGAAACUUUGGAUAGCAUAAUGCAACUGCUCGAUGCCGAAAGUGACCGUCAGGUGCGUGAAAAAGAAUUUGAAGAAGAGGCAGCACGUGAACGUGGCGAGAAACAGAGACUAAUCGAGGAGAAUGCACGUAAGUUUCUCGAAGCCGAUCAGGAAAUGGAGCAACUACUUGAGUCUGUGCAAAAACAACGACGCCUCUCUGCCACAGAAAGUGCACCACAAUCGCCAGUUUUCGAAGAACCAUGCAUAAGAAAGACGAUGAGUCCACUCUCCGAUAACUCUGACAGUGGGGGCGGUGAACGUGUGACACAAACUGUUAAAACACAGUUCGGCCAAACCAGCAGCGAACCAUAUUCUUUGACAACAAAACCGCUACUAUUCAAGAGUAUAUCCGAUGAUGCUCCAUCUUUAGAGCCACAUAGCUCGUUGAGUGCACAACCCUCAGACGAAUUCGAGACCGAUGCAUAUGAAACACUACACAACACAAUCGAUGUGCAAUUUACACAGCUGGAGCGUCAAGCACCCGACGGUGAGGAUAAUGACAAUACAUCUCCCACACAAUACACCGAUGACUAUUUACGCUCACUCGAUGGCAUCAAGCAGCGACCUUUGGUGCGUGAGGAUGGUUCUGGACGUAGACGCGCUUUCAAGAAGCGUCGUUCCAGUGGCAGUUCGAACUCAUCAUUUGAAUCACGCGCCUCACGCGAGGAAGAACUAAAAAUGUUCACUUCGUUGGAAGAGGAAGAGCUAAAAGCAACGAAGGAGGGCGAAACGGAUUUCACACCAAUAAAAUAUUCAAAUGACCAGCUUUUGAAGGUAAAACCACCUCGCCGACGUCACAAGCGUAGCCCGGCAAAAGAUGCUAAGCCAAGCGAUAGAAGUUUAAGAGGUUCUUUGGAGAUGCUUAACGAAGAAGCAAAUACCAAUCCAUGGGGUGAAGUUGCACCAGAGCACUACAAGGAUAUGCCGUUUUGGAAGCAUGAGAAGUCCAUGUCCAUCGAUGAGGAAACAAUUGAAAGUGAGCUACCUGCUGCAGAGAAGGAGGAAGCGCGGGAUGUUAAUGCCAGAAAUUUACCCACUGCCUCAGUAUUUGAGGAAGCAACGAACACACAAAACGAAGAAGCCAUAACCGUAUUGCAGAGACAAAAGACCAAGGAAGAACAGGAAACCGUUGACGAUCAACAACAACCGGUGUCUGAUGAGCCAGCUCGAAGUGACAUUCAACCAAAUCUUCAAACUGAACAGAAUAUAACUCCAAAUUCUUCAAUUGGCCGUAAAUCUGCUUCCCCUCGCUUGCGCCGCAGUCCUCGUAUCGACGAAAUAGACCAGUACGAAGAAAUGUGGAACAAAGCCAACGAGCCAAUUAGCGCGCAAACAGCAACCACGCCUACUACACCGAACACCCCUUCCAUUACUAUUAAUAAAGCACCAGACAAUGCGCCUUGGCGGGAUCAAUAUGGGCUCUUAAUGGAGGGAAUUAGUGACUUUUACGACUUCACUGCUAUGGUGAAUCCUUCGCGCUCACGCUCAACAUCGCGCCAAGUUUCGCCCGCGUCUUCACAACCGUGUACACCAGCUCCUAAGAAUGUAGAGUGUAAGUCUUUUCAAGGUAUUAAUGAUACUCCCGUAGAUGUCUAUGAUGAUACUGGGCAUAUUGUGGAGGUCGAGCUGACAAAAGAAAAUGUAGUGAAUUUCAUAGAAUCCUUGCAAAAUGAUUGCGUUAAAUUGUCUCAGACGAUCAACGAACAAUUGCAAAAUGUCGCCGAUUCACCAAAUGUUAAUGAGGCAGGAGCUGAAGAAGGUUCACGACUCGAAAUGAGUCUGCUAGUUCAAACAUUGGGCGUUGAACGGCAAUCUAGAUCGCGAUCCUGUUCACCACUACCAACAGGUGACCAGCUUAAUCGUAGUGUGGAAGCGUUAAAUCUUCAUAUCUCGGAUAAUGUUAACGCAACUGAGGAGACACUAAAUAUUUGUGAGUCUCCGUCGAGCUCUACUGAAGCAGCAAGCAUGCCUGCCAGUACCAGCUUACUAGUUGAAGAGCAGCGUACAAGAUCCAGAUCGCGUUCUCGUUCACCGCUCCCAACGCCAAACAACCUUGCACGUAGCCUAGAAACACGGCGUUCAAGACGCAUAAAACAAAAUGAUGAGCUAAUAGAAAAGCUUGGUUUAGAUAUCAACACGAGUCGGACACCGAGUCCAACGGAGUUGCAUAGCGAUAAAUCUCCCGAAAGUCCUGAAAGCCCCGAAUGCGAAUACUCGAAAGAGAGCAUAAGUCUUAUGGUGGAGUCUUUACGCGUGGAUAGAAUACAUUCGCAUUCACGCUCGCGCUCGCGUUCACCGUUGCCCACGGCAGAGAACAUAAGAACCGGUUUAGAGCAUCGACGCAAGAAAAAAAUUCUACAAAACGAUGAACUUUUUCAGCAGCUUAAUGCGUCUACUAGUUUGGACAUGAAGUCAACCACUGCACCGAUCAUUUCUAUACAAGAUUAUGAUGAAGAACCAGCAAACGAGAGAACAGUUACUGGGCGUGAAGAAAGCGACUGUUCUCUUGAGAACAUUAAUAGUUUGGUGCAAUCACUCCGCUUGCGACGCUCACGUUCGAAAUCGCCGAUGAGACGCCUUGAGCGAGAGCGCACACCAGAGCCGAGUAAUAUGCGCGUGGGUAUAAUGGAAUCAGACGAAUUGAGUGAGGGCGAAGAUGAACAUGAUAGAAGGUCUCGUACGCCUUCCCGUUCUGUAUCGAUUUCACCCACUCGUAACCGCAAAUAUUCUCCACAACCAAGUGCAGAGACCGACUUCCAUGUGAUGUUAAAUCUGGAAGCAUCACAAAAUAGGACACUUUUCAAAUGCAGCGAAGAAAUGGAGAGCAUACUGGCUGAGAAGCAGCGGCAAGUGGACGCAGAGGCUUUGCGUAAAUUGAGUAACGCAAGUGAGGAAAUGGAGCUGCGCACCGUGACACCCGUCACACCAUCAGAGAGUGAAGAUAAGAACAAACUUAUGGGUAUGCCGUUCGAGGAGCGUUUGCGCCAACUGCGUUGCUCACCGACCACGCCCGAUUACGAUCGCACCAUUUCACAAGAGUGGAACGAUGUGCAACGCAUCAAGGAUGAAAUAUUGGCAAGUGGAUUCAAGCGUUCAACUUAUGUCGGCGAGUCUUUGGAUCUCGGCAGUGAAUUUGCACCGCUGCGUGAACAAACGGCACACUUUCGUCGCUCGCGUAGUCCAUCGCCUUCACUUGUUGCUACCGAACCACUAGAAACAGCUGAAAAGCGGCGCGAGGUACAGGACAAAAUACUGAGCGAACUGCUUUUGGCGUCGGAACAAGUAGUCGAUAUGGAACGUUUGGGUGCAAAGCCUAAAGAAUUACGUUCAUUGUCAAAGGAAAUUCAGGAGACUCAGUACGAUGAGUUGCGACGGCUGAACGCAGAGUUUCAGCGCUCGCGUAGUCAAAGUCGUUCACCACUUGGUGAGGUAGAGGCAAAGGAAGUGCAGCAAAUCGAGGGCGAGGCGAAAAAACGGGAAUUCGAAGACAAAGUGAAUAGCAUAGAGAAAUCAGAUAUUAAUUUUCAGACAUUCUCGCGCUAUCUUAAUGCUGGUUUUCUUGACAAUGAACGCCGAGCAUCCGACUCGGCGCUAAUUCAGAAACCAGAAGUUAUUAUCCAGCUGCAGGAGCUUGAAGAGGAUUUUGAUGUAGAGCCAGAGAAUUAUCAUCAUUUCCGGCGUUUCUCAUUGAAUCAAGAGCAAUCGAUCGAGGAGUACCCUAAUGAUGACUACGUUUUUGUUUCACAAAUCGAAGUGCAAACACCUAAAGGUACUCGUACCUGGAUACGAGAAGAUUACUACAGCGAAGAUUUCGAUCAGAUAAGUUUGAUUUCAGAAGAAAUGGGUGGCAAUGUUGCGAUUCCAAAAGAUGAUGUAAGCGAAGCAAUGGAAGAACAUUUUCGUGUUUGGGAAGAGGAGGAAACUGAUGGCAGUGAAGAUGAGCGACAAACCGUGGUAGAGGUGGAGGAUGAAAUCGAUGAGGAUAUAUGUGACUUUAACGAACGUGGUCCCGCUGACGAGUCCCACCACGAACAAUCCGAAUGCGAAGAAGCAGAGCGAGAAAUGGAUCGUUAUGCGGGUAGAGAGGCAAACGAUUGGCAGCACGUGGACAAUAUCGAUGAACUGCUGGCAGAUGAUAUUCUAAUAGCUGGUGAAGAAGAAGGUGCGGUUGGUGGUGCGGCUAGUGCUUUGGAUUAUGACUCUGACUCAGCAGCAAUCGAUGAGAUCUACGAUGAAGCUAUCAAAAAUCGUAAACAGUCUGGAAUUCUGCGCGACUAUGACAGCAUUCUGAAGGAAAUGCAAAAGAACUACAUUGACAAUGCGGGCACGACCGAUGGCAGCGAAGGUGACAUGAGCGCCAUGAGCGAUAAUGAACCCAAAAAAGGAGAAACGAAAAAAGAAGGCAAGCCAACGCUGAAAUUGAUAAAGAAUGAGUAUCGUGAACACGAGCUACGAUACUUGGGCGAUGCAAGUGUGCAUGAAAGACAAUCAACGCGCUUGCGCACGCGUUACGGCUAUAUGCCACAGCUGCACGGCAGUGGUGUGGAAGAUUUAGACGUGGAAGUGGAUCUAAGUUACAAGCCGAAAAGAGAGUAUAAUUGGCGCAAGAACUUUAAAAUCGAAGACGAUGAGGCAGACACAAACAAGGAAGAAAAACCGGACACUGACACAAGCGCUAAUGUAGACGAAGAGAAAUCACACUUCGAUUUGAGAAAAUUCAGCUUGGGUGGUGAGAGCAUAACUUUGUUCAGUCAAGGUGCAGAAGGAGUUUGUUACGAGGCUGAUGAAAAUCAGCUUACCCCUGACACCAUUCAAGAGGAAACGGAGUACGCAACAAAUGAAGUGGCGGAGGUAACGGAGUUGAGUACAACAGUGAGAGACCAAGAGGAGUUGGUGGAGAAACCGGUGAAGAAAAAGAAAAGUAAAAAGAAGUCACGUAGGGAGGCGCGAAACAAUAGUAAAGAAUAUUACACUAAAGACGAAGAUGACUCCGAGAAUCAGUGCUAUAGUCGGCGCAACAGUAGCAUACAAAUGGAAACUGAUUCGCCAAAACGCACAGUGUCACGAUCGCGACGCAACUCCAAAAAUAGUUUGAUCAACGAUGAAUUGAAUGGUGGGAGCCUCUUUUCACCGCGCAGUAGUGUGGUAGCCGAAGAACCGUUGGCUAGUCUUACACAAGAAGGUAGCGCAGCAGCAGCAGGAGCAGCCACCAAGAAGAAGCUUAAAAAGCGCAAGAAGACAAAAGAAGCUUUCGGCGCACCUGAAGCUGACAUCAAAGAGGAGUUGGGCAUGCAGUCGCUCUAUUUCGAUUUAUCGGUUAAUGUACCAACCGCCUCGGCGGCUGUUUCUCCUGUUACAGCGGGCAUUAAUCCGCUCGCCACAUUGAGUCCUCAACCCAGUAUAUGCACGCCAACCAGCUCCGUCGACUCGGAAACACCUGAAUUGAAAGAAUUGCUUAGUGCCUCUUCUGCGGAAGGCUCACCUACGCAACGAGCACAACAAACCAAUGCUGUGGAGGCGAGGAUUUCAGCAGCCGCAGAUGCUUUGCUAACGGCACCAGCUACAGCACCUGAUGCCGUUGUAACGGCGGCCACACACACCACAACUACACCAACGACCACAACAAGAACGUCAGUGGAUAAUUUCGAUAUGCUGAAGGACGCCAAUUUCUAUCCGCUUUUCUAAAUGUCGCUGCAAACAAACUCAUAGUCGAAAAGAAUAUCCAAAGUACCUCUAAUAGCCUUAAACUGCAUCCGCACCUGCACCUGCACCUGCAUCUGCAUCUCGUACACAGCAACUUAAGUAUAUAUACAUAUAUAUGAGUUAAGUUCAUAUCGAACCGCCGCAACACAGUCAUCAAACAGUUCACCUCCGACCUAAACGCGCUUUUAAACGAAAUCCGACCAGCAAAUCCCAAAUUGUGCCAAAAGACAUUUUACUUUUUUAUAUAAUUUUUUUUAUGUUUUUUUUUUUGCUUAACAUAAUUUAUGAAUUUAUGUACAUACCGACAAAUUAUUAUUUUUUUUAUUGCUGAUAAUUCGAGUAUAGUAUUUUAUAAAUGACGAUUUGCUGAAUAAUUACGAAAACACACACAUACACACAACUAAAUAAAUCUGUAUACAAAUCCUUUAAAUUAAGUAGUUACGUUCUUAUAAAAAUAUAAAAAAAGUAGCUUGCAAAUAAAAAUAUGUUUGGAA